CUCAAGCCCGCACGCCGCAGAAGUCUGUCAUUCUUUCUUCAUUUCUCCAAAUCAACUUUUGCCCACAAGACGACAGCUCACGUUUCAAAGACCUGGUAAUCAUUCUGACACUUCACAUUACCAAGCAGUAUAACCUAAGUGAUACAAAAACUAGCAUGGACGCAAGAAUUUCAAAUUGGGGCUCCUGAGCGACAUCACCGGCCUGUUACGUAUAUCUAGCAGUAGCCGCGAUCAGCGAAACGGGAUUGUCUCUAAAUUGCGACGAUGGUGCAGGUCUACACUGAGCCGUUGUGCAGGCGGUACUAUGGUAGUGUCAUUGGAGAGGCAGCACUGUUCCGCUUUUUUGCGUACCUCUCCGCCAUCGUGCUGGCUCUGGUCGUUGCCUUCGCCACCGGGGGCUUCUGGGUGAAGCUCACGCCAGAUAAUGUGCAGGCGACAGUAUCAUACACACAGGAUGCCAUCCUCAUAUUUGAGGGUGCGGAGACUGGGCAAGUUGCGUUCUGGAGCACAUCACCUGUGCUGAACGCGGAGUUCUCCAACCUGUAUACUGCGGCCAGCGUUCAGGUGUCGUCUAUGGAUGUGAACGAUGAUGGGAAGGCGGACCUGAUCACUUUCCAGGCCAGCGUGGCCAAUGACUUCCCAGUUCACAGCGUCAAGGCGCUGUUGCAGCUUCACUACUCUCUGACAGGCCACCUGCAGCUGGACAUGUACAGCUUCGCGUACCUGGCGCAGAGCUCUCCGGCUCCAGGGGCCGCACUCUACACGGAUGGAGAGCUCUUGCUGUCAUCCACGAACCAGCUUCAGGACCGGAACUACAACUCCAGAUACAACACGCCAAUGCUGAACUCCAGCACGCCAUCCUACUCCACAGCCGUGCAGCCGUCAGUAGCGCUGGAGAUGCAAAGCAUCCUGAGCAGCUACCUGAGCCGCAACUUCACCACCACCUACAGCAACAACUUUCCCGUCUGGGUGGGCGGCACAGGGACCUCGUUUAAUUUGCAAAUGCGAAUACGGAUUCCGCCCAACCAGGUCAUCUUCUACAGGCCUCAAGCCAUUGAGAUGCUCAAGUUCGGUUGGAUCCAGUGGCUUGCCACGUUCAUUGUGCUGUGGUACCUGCUGCAAUGGGCAGAGUGGUUUGUGUUCUACUACCGUUUGGUCGAGACGCGGGUUGUUUCAGACCUACAACCAAGGCAACAGCGUUUUUAAGCCACAGAUAGGUUUGGGGGCUUCUCGUCGCGGAACCGGUGCGGCCACGGCGCUGGGCCCAGCGGUCGUAGCAACGGCGCUGGGCCCAAUGGUGGCAGCGGCUGCAGUGCCGGGGCCGAGUGGCGGCAUGCUCACCGUAUGCGGGGUGGGCGUAGUAGGCAAGGCCACAAGGAGGAAAGCGUGUUACCGCCGAAAGCACGAUAUCUCGUAACUUGGUGAUGGCCGGUGGGUUAGGGGUCAGCGGGCGGGCGGCAGAGCAGGUGGCAGGCCACGGCAGCAGUUUGAUUGUGUCUAGUUGUGACUGGCUGUGCAUGGCCGCUGGACCGAGCGAAUGCCUGUAGACGGACCAAAGGACGGACCUGCGGGACGGCCCGUAAGAACCGGUAUGCCCGGGAGAUGUUGCUACCGUAUUCCGGUGCAAUUGCCUAGGUCCCGUGCAUUUGCCUGACGCAAAAAAGCAUCGGUGUGCGAUGGGACGUGGUAAGGCAGGUUGCUGAAGUCUCGUUGAGUGCAGCUGAUUCUUCUUUGUGGGUGGAAGGGCUCUUCUCCCGGGUGGAAAUCCCUGUUCACAUUCGCUGGUGCAUGCCGUGAAGCCAACCGUUUUGUACUGCAGACUCCUAGC